AUGUCGUCAGUCUCUGCCUUUGUGCUCGACAAUCCUGGGCUUUGUGCGCUCGCGCUAUGCGGCGUUGGCGCUGUCUGGAUUUACAACAAACGGGCGUCCAAGUUACCCAACAUCCCAGGGCCUCGCUCUUCUUCCUUUUUGACUGGAAAUCUAUUCGAUCUUGUUGCUCCUACUACGGGUCGUGACUGGGUUAUUAACACCAGCAACACCUACGGCGGCGCAACCAAGUUGUCGACUCUUUUUGGUGGACGGUCUCUAAUGAUCAAUGACCAAAAGGCCUUGCAUCAUCUAUUGGUUAAAGAGCAGGAUAACUUUGAAGAAUGGGAGGCUUGGACGACGACAAACGAUUUACUGUUCGGACCUGGAUUGCUUUCUACAGCCGGUGCUCAGCACAAGAAGCAGCGAAGGAUGCUUACACCCGCUUUCUCUGUAAAGAAUUUACGAGGCAUGACGCCCAUGUUUGUGUCUAUCGCUCGGGAGCUAGAGGGUGCUAUCUCGGCAAUGGUUGAAAAGGGCCCCAAGGAAAUUGACCUUACUGCAUGGUUGAGCAGGGUGGCCCUCGAAGCUAUUGGACGAGGUGGAAUGGGGGUCUCUUUCGGCAAGAUGUCGGAACCGACAACGUUCUCCACUGCCACUAAGCAGCUUGCAGCCAUUUUAUCUGCUUUGCUUCCUAUCGGUACCCUUACACCAUUCUUCAAAUAUCUCGGCCCAGGCGAAUUCCGUCGGUUCAUGAUCAAAUUCCUUCCGUUCCCGCUUCUCAAGAGUCUGGAGGUUAUUGUUAAUAUUAUGGAGGAUGAAGGAAAGAAGAUGCUUCGGGCGCAGGACGCGACUCUCGCAGCUGAAGAUGAUUCAAGCGAGACGAAGAACAUCAUCGGAAUUCUACUGAAAGCAAACCAAACAUCUAUCGAUUCCGAGCGCAUGUCCGACGAGGAGCUCAUUGCGCAGACAUCAACGCUCAUUUUCACAGCCAUGGACACAACCUCGUCUGCUAUUUCCAGAGUUCUCCACCAGCUCGCUAUACAUCCUGAAGCUCAGGAGAAGCUACGCGCCGAGAUUUCCGAGGCUUACCACAAUCAAGACGAUGCCAUUGACUUUAACAACUUGAUGGCCCUGCCCUAUAUGGACGCCGUCAUCAAAGAGACCUUGCGAGUGUUCCCCCCUCUUCCUGUUGCCUUCCGUCAAACGCUUAAAGACACCGUUCUCCCACUGCUUCAUCCUAUCACUGGUGAAGACGGAACAAUCUUGAACGAAGUACUCGUCGAAAAGGGAACCGACGUCUUUGUCAACGUUAUCGGAGCAAAUCAUAAUCCCAAGACAUGGGGUGACGACGCUGGUGAAUGGAAACCAGAGCGUUGGCUUUCAGAACUCCCGGAAAGCGUAACCAAGAUUCGCGACUACUCUGGCGUGUUUGCACACCAAAUGACGUUUAUGGCUGGAAACCGCUCUUGCAUUGGUUUCAACUUUGCUCUGCUAGAGAUGAGUGAGUACUUAUUCUUUGAACUAUUGCCUGAUAUACUGAAUCUCCGAGCAGGGGUUGUUUUGGCAUUAUUCCUCCAGUCCUUCGAGUUCAGUCUCCCGAAGGAUAAGGAUAUCGUAUGGAAUCUUGGUCUAUUGAUGAUCCCUGUCAUCAAGGGCGCAACCUCACUGGAAAGUCAGCUACCUCUUGUUGUAAAGAAACGAGGAACUUGA